AUGGCAAAAAACCGCGCUCACCCACCCGCCAUCGACGGAUUGCGCAUCGAUGAGCGCCAGUCUAUUAUAGACAAAAUAGUCGACGCAAUCCAGAACAAUCCCAAUGAAGUGAUCCUUUCGCAUCAAGGAGCCAUAUCGAAGGAAGACCUGCAGAGACUUUGGCAAUCUUUUGAGAGCAAGAUACAACCUACCAAGUUGACAGAUGAGGCCAGUUCUGCAUCGGCAAUAGGUCAUGCUGUGUGGAAUCACUUCUACAAGCAGACACAUGCGGAUGCUCACUUCAGCGAUUCGCAAGUUCAGGUUGACGUUGAAUUCAGCUAACGCGUAUUCUAGUUGGACCAAGCAAACCAUUCCUCGAAUCAAAGUCGCCACAGGACGUCAGGGCUUCAUCAGCAAGCAGAAAAGAACGCAUCCGGAAAUGGCAGAGGCGAGCGGCAAGACUGUCAAACGAGCCUUGAGAAAGAAAGCGAGAACUGAUCGCGCAGCGGCCACACCAGCUCAGGAUAAGGAUGUCGAUGAUGAGGCCAUUAGCAUUAUACAGAACAUCCGCGAAGAGAUUCACAGAAACCCCGAAGCCGUCAAGCAGAUAGCUACCAGAAGACAUUGGCGAUUUAUUCGGUAUCAAUGGAAGAGCGCUUUUCAGAGGAUUCAAUCAACAUUCCCACAACGUUCCCACGAAUGGAAAACUUGGUCGGCAGGUCGAAGUACUUGGGAGUACUAUUGUAAGUGAGUUCUGUACUGUUAUGUGGGAGACAUGGUCAUUACACUAUGCACAUCACAAAACGAUAUUAUACUAAACGUCUGAUUUCAUCACUUCAAUCUUCAUGAUAUACUAAGAUAUCAAGAAGUGAAAAGUAACACUCAUUCUGAACUAUUCGCAUGUCAGUUUUAGUUGUGCUAGGCGUUUAGGAUGAUACCGUCCAACAUGAGUGGAUACAGAGUAAUGACCAUGCCUAUUCCAUCCUCAUAUUUUCUCAUAAACUUUACAUGAUAAUAAUACCUCCUUUGAAAACCACAACUUGUUUACUUUAGCUAACUUCUAUGACCAGUUGGAAAAAGUAGACCAUUCUUCGCCGAGGAACCACCAAGGUUUUCCACGAAUACCAAACCAACCACAAACUCAUCUUCUUUUGAAAAGUUAGAAAAGCCUGUUUCUCAUAGAGAGGAUAUCGCGCGUCACCAUUAUCCACAGACAUCCCCAGAACAACAUCAGAGACAGAAUCUUGCCCCCAAAGAAUCCUCGACUGCCAAGCAAACACACGUUGGAGACAAUGCUCAAGAUAUAUCUGGACCCUCUUGGCCUGUAAGAUAUACGCUGUGGAAAGAAAGAACUGAAAACCCGGAGCAAUCUCAGCCCUUAGAUAUGGAAGCUCAAACCGGAAUCGAUUCUUGCCACCACCAAUCCGCAACACAAUCCAUACCAGCCCUUCGGCCACAAGCCGAUCAUCCAUUCACCUAUAACCCGCCUCAAAUCCAUCAUACGGAGCCUGCCAAACCCCCAAAACCUUCCAUGAACACAAAUUCACCUCCCUCCGGCAUCCGAGUCGGGAAGUCGAUUGGAAACAUAAAAGGUUUCGCGCCCACCAAUUCAAAAACAACACCAAAAACAAAGUCUCAUACCACCCCACGACCAAACAAACCAACCAUCCCACCCACCAUGGAUCACUCAACAUCCAGCACCAAAACUCAAACAAACAGCCAACCAAAGGCAAAGCCCAACUCAACAAUGCACCACCCACUCCCUCGCAAGCCAUCUCUCGACCUAAGCCGUGAUGUCGAGAUGCCACCACCCUCGUCAGAAAAGCCCACACACCCACCAGUCCCACAACCCAGACCAAGCCCCCCGACCGAAACCGCAGCCCAAAGAGCCCUGAGAGAGGAACACGCCCGCGCUGAGAAGCUAUUCUGGAUUGACCUCGAAGCUUCUCUUGGUGUGAACCAAUAA